AUGCCCUCCCCACCACCAAGCUUCCUCAAGCCGCCUUCCUCCUCAACCCCCCUUCCACCUACCCACCCACUGGCCGCGGAACUGGCCGCCCUCCGCCAACAAGUCGGGCAGUACCGCUCAGCAGCGCACCAGGCUAGCAUUGCGGUACAGGGCGUGCGGCUCGAGCUCGAGCUUGCACGCGAGGAGGCCACAGGUCUCAGGGCCAAGAAUAAGGCCCUUGAGGGGGAGGUUGAGGUGCUACGAACCACGCCCGACCCACCCCAAGCCACACCACCCUCGAACGCUCUUGCGGAGCUCUCCCUAGCCCAUCGCCGCCUCAGUGCCAAGCUCGACUUUACAGAACAGAAGCUGUCGGCAUCCACGCUCGAGCUCGCCUCCACUCAGCAGGAGCUGCAGAGAGUGCAGAAGCGCGCUGACGGCGACCGCGCGGCUCUCACUGAGCUUCGUCGCGUCGAGGACGACCGCGAGGAAGAGCUCGAAUGGGAGCGUUCGGAGCGUAAGCGCAUCGAGGAGCAGAAGAAGCUCUGUGAACUCGCGCUAGCCGAGUACGCUGCCCUCGUGUCCAAGCUCGACGCCCGCGCCAUUCCUCCACCCUUGCCACGCCGACGGUCAAACGACAUACUCCAGGUUGUGCCCGAGUUUGGGGACGACGGGCCACCAACCCCCAACGAGCCUGCAGACAGAGACGAGAAGUGGCUUGUGGAUAAUAAGGCGCCCCCGCCUCCUACCAAGGAGCUCAAACCUACACCUCCCUCUGAUUACAACGACGAUUCGGAUGACGAGGAUGAUCUCAUAGCUAUCUCGGGUCCUGAACCGCCAGUUAAGGACAGGCCCAAGCCAGCAACUCCUCCUCCUGCUUCCCCGGUUCGCAUCUCCCCGGCGCCACCCUCGCCGUCCAAGGUUACAGACGACGCCAAGCGCCUCUCCACGCCAAUUGCCCCUGACGUCAGCAAGCUCUCCGACUCGAUCUCCAAUCUUCUCCUCGGGCAGCGAGGCGUGCACCGCCUAUUCCGUGACUUUUCGGCCACUCUCACGGCCAAGGAGACGGAGAUCCGCGAGCUGCAGAAGCGCGCUGAGGAGCUUGAAGGCGAUCUUAGCGCUGUGCGCGAGCAGCUCAUAUCCGAGACUGCGCAGCGUGUCGAGGCGGUGUCGGAGCGCGACCGUGCACUGCGUGAUGACGCCAGUGCAGCCAAGGUCGUCGAGCGCUACAUGACAUUUUCGCAGAAGGCUCACGAGACUGUACACGCCCACUUGGGCCAGCUACGCACCCGCGGAGCAGCAACGCAGGCGUCGCUGCGCACUGAGGCGACAAAUCUCCGCCGGCGCCUGCAGACCGAGGCCGACCGUGCAGCGCGCCUCCGUGCUGCUGCGGAGGAGAUGGCUGAGGAGCUCGGCAAGGAGGCGGCAGGUCGUCGCCGUGAGGUCGCAUUACGCCUGCAGCUCAUUGCCACGGACGAGGCGCGCUCGCGCCGUGCCGAGCAGUGGCUGGACCGCGUGCGGCGCGCGCGUGAGCCCGAAGCUCGGGAGGCAUUGAGUGCCCCGGUGCUUGGUGCGCUGCUCGACGAGGGUGCUCAGAUCCUCUCACCAGUUUCGGUGGUUCCGGAGAAAGCCCCAGGAUGGGGCCGUCGCUUACUUGCACGCCGCAAGAGCGUGUCCAAGCCCGACAACAAGGCCUGCGGGGAAGAGGAGUCGAUGGCGCGAGUGCUGCUUGCGGAGGAGCUUGUGCAGCACCUCGUCGACGACCUCCAAAUUGAGACGGAGCGGCGCGUUGAGCUCGAGAAGCAGCGUGUCGAAUGGCUCGCGAAGGAGGCUGAGGAUGGGGUGCCGCCUGAGGGAGGACAGGGUGGCGGCCUGGUCUUCGACGCGGAUGACAAGGGCGACAAAGGCGACAAAGGCACGGAGGACAAGACCAAGGGGGCGGAGGCAAAGGAAGAGGCAAAGGACGACUCUACCGCCAUUAAGGAGGCUGAACAGGAAGGUGUCAAAGCGGACGAGCCCCAAGCUGGAAGCGAUACCGCCGACGAGGCCGUUCCCGUCCCGUCUCCGUCGCCGACUCCAGCACCGCCACACCUCGACGAACUCAGCGCCAUGUUUGACCCUCUGGUUGAGGCAUAUUCUCCCUUCCAGAAGUCGCUGCAUGACCAGGCCGUCUCGCUCGGGGCGCUGCGCGCCUCACUCCCCGAUCUCGUCAGCGUGGCAGCCAAGAAGGGUCCGCUGCGCGCCCUCGCCCUCCGCCCGGCCAGCACCGCGCGCGACGAUCUCCUCUCCCUGCUGGACGGGCUGCACGAGGUGAUUGAGGAUGCGCGUGUCGAUGCCGAGAUCGCAGUGGCCGACGAGGACCGCGUCUUCCACGGCUUCGCGGCGCUCUUGGGCGUCGGAGCGAGUGGGAUAGUGCAAGCGUCGUCUGUUCUACGCGACGCAAGAGUCUACGUGGACGGACGGGGCAUCGGCGUCGUCGAUUCAUCCACAGGCAGCGAAGGCGAUUCUGAAGUAGCGGACACGCAGCUGGGACGCCUCUCCGCCCGCGUCGGUGACAUCGAGCACGACCUAGCUCUCAUCAAGCGCACGCUGCACGAGGCUGAGGGGAUGGACGCGCCGACCGACGACGAGCCGAAGGAAAAGCGUCGCAAGAGCGUGUGGGCCCUCCUCCCGCUCCGAACGGUGUCGGCCGAGGCCGCCAAACCCUUCCCACCCUCGCUCGUCCCCCUCGUUGAGGACAGCAACGACGACGCGCCCAUGCGUAAGGUCUCGCUCCUGUCGACCGUCGGACGCAGCUUCUCGUCCAGCGUCGGCGUGGCGGCAACCAACGUCGCCGGUGCGCCGCGCAACGUCUCCAAUCUCGCUGGUGGGCUGUUCCGACCUCGCCGCGGGACCGUGUCGGAGAAGAAGGAGGAGGAGCGUGAGGGAGAAGUCGAGUGA